AUGGCCGCCGAGAAUUCGCAGAAGCUGAUGAGGCGACAUCACAAGGGCGCCCUUGCAGUCAAGAAAAUCUCUUCACCGGAUGCCUACCUAAAUAGUGAAAAGUGUACGAAACCUCGAGAUGUAAAGGUGUCUAGAUACGGAGUAUCUCAUAGCCAAAAAAAUGCUUCUGAUGAAUCCCGUAGACCCGUCCUUGCAGACUCCGACCUAGCGAAGCUGGCUGGUUAUGUGCAAGACGCUUUUAUGAGUGAAACAGUUUCCGGUGAUGAUGAUGCGUUGAGGUACUUGCACGCUGAAUUCGAGCUCAACUUUGAUGAUGAUGAUGAUGAAGAUGAUGCCAUAGCCCCAUGCUUGCGUCCUAGCUGGCAUGAAGGCCGGCGUCGUUCAUUGGCUGUGUUGCAGCCAGUGCUCUUUAAGGCCCGACAUGCUAGUCGAGUAAGCUUUUCAGCAUCCAGCAUGGCCGCCUUUCGAUUGAGCGACCUGAAGCACCACGAUAUAAGGCAGGCUGAUGCAGACACUUUGGCAGAUGGAUCGAAAAGGAAGAGUAGCAGUAGAUCGAGUCAGAAGAAGAAAGUGGAUUAG